GACACUUCAGAUUUAUAUAAAUAUAUAUGGACUAUGAUGAGCAAAAUGAGCUGCGGAUUUCAUUCAUCAGCUUGAUUUAUAUGAUGAAUUCCGGCCAAAUCGCCACCUUCCUCCAACGGUCGAGAACCGCCGCCCACCUCCUCCAGCUCCUCCCUCUCCUCCUCAAGACCGCCGCCCUCCGCCGCGACUCGCGCCUGGCCUCUCGGUUCGUCCACCGCGCAUGCUCGAUCUCCCUCCCGCUCGCCGCGUCGGCCCUCGACCGCCUGCCCCGCGCGCCUUCCCGCUUCGCUUGGAACUCGAUCAUAAGAUCGUACGCGAAGAGCUCGACCCCGCUGCGGGCGGUCGAGCUCUUCGCUCGAAUGCGGACGACCGGGGUCGGGCCCGACAAAUUCACGUACCCUUUUGUCGUUAAGGCCUGCGGCAAAUGCGGGAGGAUCGGGGAGGGUAGGGGAGUGCAUGCUCUGGCUCUGAAAGUGGGUCUCGGAUCGGACUCGUAUGUGGGGAACACCCUCGUUCGGAUGUAUGCCGCUUGCGGCGAGAUUGGACUCGCGAGGCAGGUGUUCGAUGAAAUGCGCACCUGGGACAUCGCCUCUUGGAGCUCUAUGAUUGCGGGAUAUGCUGCGUGCGGCUUUCCUGAGGAUGCUUUCAAGAUUUUCGGACGCAUGAGACUGGCGAACGAGAAGCCUAUCUCUGUUACUCUUGUGAGCCUGCUCUCUGCCUCUUCUCAUCUGGUCAAUCUCCGAGCUGGGAGUCAAUCCAUUCAUGCAUCAUCCGAAAUUUUAUGUAUCUGGAUGCGGCCCUUGGAACAGCUCUUCUUGAGAUGUAUUCCAAGUGCGGUCACAUUGAGAAAGCUCUCCAGAUCUUCUGGUCAAUGGAUGAUAAGAAUUUGCAGUGUUGGACAAUAAUGGUUUCUUGCCUUGCACACCAUGGGAGGGGGGAAGAUGUUAUUUUUCUGUUCAACCAGAUGGAACAAGCUGGGCUAAAACCAGAUAGCAUGUUGUUUUCUGGAAUCUUGUCAGCUUGUGGUCACUUAGGUCUUGUUGAUGAAGGUCGGAGAUAUUUUCAAAUGAUGGAGGAAGUAUAUGGUAUCAGGCCUACAAUGGAGCAUUAUGGAUGCAUGGUGGAUUUGCUUGGAAGAUCUGGCUUGAUUGAGCAAGCUCAAAGAAUUAUUGAGAUGAUGCCAAUGGAGCCCAACUCAAUAAUUCUGAGGAGCUUCAUUGGUGCUUGCAGAAACCAUGGCCAUUUUGUUAAGUUAGAUGAUGACCUGAUGAAACUUCUUAUUAAACUAGAACCUGACGUUGGAGCAAACUAUGUGCUUGCUGCAAACAUGUCUACCUUAUCUAGUAGUUGGACCGAUGCUGCUGAACUGUGGUUAUUAAUGAAAAGGAGGGGUUUAAAGAAAGCUCCAGGUUCUAGUUGGGUUGAGGUGAAUGCCAGUUCUGUUGAAGGGAUCAAAGAAGAAGCUGCUGGAUGAGAUCUUGGAGUGGAGGAACCUAACCUGUAUCCUCUAAAGGUCUCUUCGACUUGGCAAGUAAAUGAUCCUUGAAAAAAGUGACAUUCAAAUGUAUUGGGACUGAAAUUCUCCAUUUCCUAAUGGUGCUCCGUUGACUGGCAAACGUCUCAUUCUUGUCGGCUUGAAGGAUGGUUGUUCGAUUGUCUCCAAAAGAACGGUUUCAGAAGGUCCUCAUGCACAUGUAAUUGAUUAUUUGCAUUGCCCUGGAAAUCCCUUUUGUGGACGAGAAUGUGGGUGUACCUUGCAGAUUUCUGUGGAUCUAGGGGUAACUUUCUUUUAUGGGAUGCGAUGAGAUUCACCGAUCCAAGACCAAGCAGUACAAUAGUAGUCCGGGUUGAAGAAGGGACCUCAGUGAAGCUGGAUCAUCGGUCACAUGCCUACACGUGGUAGGAGGUAAAUCUCUCACUAGGCGACAUAUGUGACUUACUGAUAAGUCAGUCGUCCUCUGAACAUAACGGGACAAAAGUUGGAAGAACGCAGGGCUCAAUUAUUUUUUCCUGCUACCAGGAAAAACGACACAACCCCUGCUAAAUAAAUGCAAAAGGUGUCCGCUUUCCAUUCUCUAGUGUGUAGUGCCUCCCCAGAAUUCAUUCAUCCCUUCACCAUCAACCCUCCCUGGUAAAUUCAUGGCUUGGGCCACCAGAUCAAGCAUUGUGGGUUUCAACCUAUCAGAUCAGUGGUUCCUCACAGCAGCCACCAUAGUUGUCGGCGGAAUCCUGGGUUACGUAGUCUACGAUGCGGUCAUGGCCACAGCCUCCGAGCUACUGCAGCGAUUACUGGUGAUUUCUCCUUUGCUUCUGGUUAUCACGGUCCACUGGCUCUCAGCAGGCAGCCACCUGAGCUUACCACUGCCAGGGUCCGAGCCCGGGGCCAUCCAUCGAGCUGGUGGCUCACCUUGGGGCGUAGCUUUUGUUCUCGUGCUUCUUUUAUUUCUCAUAGCCUACCAGCCUUCCUUGAACGGUCUCAUCUUUUAGUGUACUAAACCAACUCUCUAAGCUCUAAGUGUAGGAGGUUGGUUUAUUAGUUAGUCAAGGAGCUCAUGAGACUCUGCUAUGGCAGGAUAUGUAUGUAUUAGCAGAACAAGUGUAUGCAUAUUUUAGCAUAAUAAGGACCUGGUCUGAUGUAUGUUUUUGUUGAUGGAUGGUGUUCUCAUGUGCAAAGUGAAAUGUUAAGCAGAA